AUGUCUGAUCCUGGCCAGAUCUCCAUCUUGUGGGGCCGGGCGAUCAGCCAAUAUGCCACUAUCACGAAGAAAAAGCUUGAGGAUCCAGCCAUGCUGAGCCUCACCACCGUCAGCGACUUGCUGCAUGUCAUAGAAGACGAGAACAAGAAUUUCACUAGCUUUCGUGAGAAAGCCCCUCAACUACGCCGAAUAGUAAAACAUGCAAUGACGCCUCUCGAACUUGUUGGGACCAUAAUUUCCGACGCUUCGUCGCAGGCAUUUCCACCUAGUGCUCUGGUUUUCAGUGGAGUGAAGCUAUUGAUUGAGGCCGCAAAGGGCGCUUCGGAGAAAUAUGACGCUAUUAUAGAAAUCAUGUCGGCAUUGAAGGACUUUACUGUGCGUCUGGAGGUGUACAGUGAGCAGCAUAUCUCGGAGAGAUUGUGUGAGAAAUUGACAGAAAUCCUCACGACACUCAUCGAGGUACUCGCUUUUGCUCGACAAGAAGUCAAACAUGGAAGACUGUUGAGCUACGGAAAAAGUAUAUUGUCUGGCAGUGAAGGUGGCCGUGAAGCGAUGGCCAGAUUCACGAAAUUGGUUCAAAGCGAAAGCUCUUUGGUCAAUUCUGAAACCUUGACGCAAGUCAAAGGUGCAACCAUGACCCUCGCUAGAGUUGAUUCCAAUAUCAACAAGAUCAGUCAACGCCUGGAAGAUGUGAGGCUUGGUGACCUGUCUCGAGAGGAGGACGAUGUUACCACUCGGCUAAACCGCAUUCUACAGCCGAGCACCAGCUCGGAAGAUCGAUUUCAAAGCCUGAACCGCAGUCGAGUCCCACAAACAGGAGACUGGAUCCGAGAUGAAAAAGCGUUCGUUGCUUGGAUCAAUCGAGAGAAACCUAUUCUGUGGAUUGCUGGAAACCCCGGCGCGGGGAAAUCAUAUAUUGCUAGUAAUAUCGUCAAUCACCUUCAGCAUGAGCGAAAUAUCCCUGUGGGGUUCUUCUUUUUCAAGGAAGACGAUGCUGUAAGUCGGUCUGCGCAUCAAGCUCUGCGCGACGUUGCUUUUCAGCUUGCUUCAAAUGAUCCAUUCUAUGCCAAGCAUGUCGAAGCUUGUGUGAAAUCGCUCCAGGAAAUUCCUACGCUGUCUAGUCUCUGGAGGAAGCUCUUUGUGAAUUUCUUCAUUGACAGUAAUUCCAAGGCUAGAAACGAGGACAGCAGAGCAUAUGUCAUUCUUGAUGCUCUGGACGAAGCUUUCCUCCAUGAUAGACAUGAGCUUUUCCAAUUAGCAAAAGACAUCAAAGUUGGCCAAAGCAUUCAGCUUCUCAUGCUCGGUCGCCCUCAAAUCGCAGAGGAAAUGAAUGAUUUAAUGGAAACUCUCGAAGUUCCAACAAUUGACGUCACCGAAGAGAACAAUUUCAAGGAUAUUGUGCAUUUUAUCAAGUCCGGCAUCGCCAGAUCUGUUUAUCUGAGAAAGCUGGCUAAGCCUGUUCAACGAGAGAUCGUGCAAAAGCUGGCUACUGGAGCCCAGGGCAUGUUCAUGUGGGCUAGUCUCAUACUCCAGGAGUUGUCAAGGGUUAGGAAUAAAGGAGAUAUCCAAAAGACUCUAAAUGGAGCUCCUAGAGGAUUGUCCAGGAUGAUCCAACGCGUUUUAGAGGGGUUUUCAGAGAGCCUGAAGGGUGAUCCCCAGUUCUCCGAUGACCCCUUUGUAAGGAACGAACUAGGGAUAUUGUAA